GUGCAAUCUGGUAUUUAUUUAGAGAAAUUGGUAAAAAUACACUUAAAAGCCCAUAUAAUUUGUCAUAUACUCUUGUUUCCUUUUAAUAUUUUUUAUAACUGUAAUACUCUUAUCUCUCUCUCUCUUUUUCUUCUAAUGUGUUCUAAUCUCUUUAUCUCUCGUAUAGAUUCUUCAAAUCAUCUUCUAAUUCACAAAUCUUUAUUUUUUUUAUUCUGAUUUUUUUGACACCCAUAAUGCUAAUCUUAUUAUCUCACCCCAAUUUCAAUGUUUUCAAUUUCGACUCACAAUUAACUUUUAGAUAAUAUAUACGUUAGUAGGUAUUUUAUUACUUACCUGAUAUUAUUUAAAUUUUAAUAGAUUCUUAAUCGAUACAUGUAUAUUUGGGGCUAUUUGAUAGAUAACUAAUUAAUUGUUAAUAGUUUCAUUAACUGAUAUAUGAUUUAUUAGUCAAUAUUUUUUUUUGAUACAUAGAUUGUUAGAUGAUACUGAAAUUAUUAGUUGAUAUGUUAGUUGGUAUGUAGAUUGUUACCUGUUAUGUAAAUAUUUAGCUGAUAAAUCUAGAGUUACUUGUUUUCGAUAAAGUAUGAGGGUAUUUUUGUCCGUACAGUGUCAAAAAAUUACUCUUUUUUGGGUUAUCUAUAAUUAUGAACAUUCAGCUAAUUUGGACUUUAAUUGGAUAUAUUCCACGCAUUUUCCCAUUUAUUUAUCUUGUUGUAAAACUACGACAGCUAUCAGAGUAGGUUCGUAAGUUGAAUCAUGAAAGGAGGUUAAGAAACCUUUAUAAGAUAUCUCCAAGAGUGGAAAAACUUGCGCUGAAGUAAAACGCAAUCAUUUGGAGGCGAUAACCGAAGGACUGGUUACAUAUGUUGUACAUUCCCUCAGUCUGAUUUGCCUUCUUACAGUAGUUCUUGGUGAGGUCGUGUUUCCCCUAGUUCUUUUCUGUUGGGUCGUUCAGUCAUUGCAAAAUCAGCCAAGCUGCGGAAAGCGAGUGGUGAAUGGUAAACAAUAGAUUUAGGAUAUGAUUGUCUAUCUUGCAUUUGCUUUUACGUUUCUAUGUUAUAAUGACACUAAACAAACGUAAACGCAAAGAAUCAGAGACAAUUUUUUUUUUCUUUUUUUGCAUUUCUAUAUUUUUUUGGAACUCUCUUUUCAGUCAUAGAGAUAAUGUUUUGAAAUUUUUUUUGGGUCAAUUUGCUGAAUGACUAUAUUGGAGGAAAAUAUUAGUUUUGUAGUAGUAAGAAGAUAAAAAGAGAUAGGAAGAAGGAAGAGUGAGAGUGAAAGGGUUAUUGGGUGAAAUAUAGUUUGUUUUUGGUUAUACAUUCAAAUUUUCCUUUUUUUAGAAGAUAUUUUUUGAUGUUUUAUCUAAUCUUACUAAUUAAUAAUUAUAAUUUUCAAAAUAUAAUUGAGUUUAAAUUAUAUAGCUUUUUGGAACAAUUAAAUUACCUUUUUUUUAAACCUUAUCGGCUACCUGGUCGGUCUCGGGAGGAACGCACUUAGUGUUACAUAGUGGACUGGAUACCACACUGUCUGGCCCGAGCUUGAAAUACCUUCCGACUAAUGCCAGGGGGUGAACCGAACAUCUAUUAUGAUCCACCAUGUAAACCUCUUGAACCGAAGCCCAAGUCCAGACUGGCCAAAUGACAAUAAUUUAGUUUCGUGUGGGAAUCGAACCCAGAACUGAUGUGGGUAACACCAAACCCCAAGAGAUUGCCAAUAAACUACCACCACUUGGUUAGUUAAAUUACUUUUUUUUUUAUAAUUUUGACCGAAGAACAAAUAAAUUACUAUAGUUUCAAUUUGUCAAAUAAUGUUAUUCACAAAAAAAAUUAUAUAUAAUAAAAAAUUAAUGUACUUUUAAUAUAUGUUAUAAAAUGAAAACAAGUUUAAAAAUAAAUCACAGAAAUUAAGUAUCAUUUUGUUAGUUAAUUUGAUAACAACUGGCUCAUACAGAGAAAUCACUUAAAGACGUGGAGCGUAGACCCUGCCAGCAGUGAAUGGUUUUACAAUAUACCAACAUUUACGAUAUUUUAUUGCUAAUGAGCUGGAAAUUACAAAAAGGAAUUAUAAUCGGAAAAAAAUAUUUGAUGUAUUAUUUUCAGGUGCACAUAAGUUCCCAAAGUCUUCGUGUACUAUAUUUAUUAGUUUUGUUUUCCGUUUAAUUCAGAAGCAAUUCCAAAACACAAUUAACAUCGUCUCAUUUCCUUGACCAACGCUCAAUGGUGGAUCCAGCACGACCACGACCACCUCAAGUGUUUCUCAAUUCAGGCGCAACCGAGUUGCCUGAUGAUUUCAUCAAACAUCUCGUGUCGGGCUUGACCGAUCUAGGGAUACUCAACAUUUUCAUGGACAGAGACGACUGGUGGGGAAGAGACCUAGACCGUAUAUUUACCUGCAUCGAGGAGUCAACAAUCGCGCUCGUUAUCUUCUCACCGUCUUAUCCAGAGACAGAGUGGUGCUUGGACGAGCUUGUUAAAAUGAAGGAACGAGCAAACAACAACAAACUAUUGGUAAUUCCUAUCUUCUUUAACGUGAGCAAGAACGACGUGAGAAACUUUGAGGGAGAGUUUGGAGAUCGAUUCAUGGAGCUGAGAAAAAGAUAUACGAAAUACAAAUACGAUCCUUUUAGGGUUCAAAGAUGGGAAACGUCGGUGAUGACUAUUUCAAGAAUGGAGGCCAGUUUGACGUGGGAAACACAAAGCUCGAGUAUCUCUAUUGCCAUGGAUAUCAUUAGGGAGGUUAACAAGGAGCUAAACAUAGCCUCGGAUGCGGGAUUCUCCUUGCCCUUAGGGUUCCACAAAGAUAUGCAUUCAAAAUUGACGAAUGGAGAAGUGUUUGUUUCUGCUUUUCUUGUGGCUUUUCUCUUUAGACUCUUCAUAGCUCGUCUUCUUUUCACAGAUAUGACCUUUUUCGGCACUGCAAAGUGGUUAGUAGGUUUCCCAAUUGCGAUUGUUGUAUUAUACCAGUUACAUUGUGCAUUGACACAACAAAACAGACGAGCACCUGAUCCUUGAUUACUAGAGAUCAUGAGGUUGGCUGUUUUGUUGUACAUCGGUGUGUUAUUCUCUACUUUGUUACAUUUUCAUUGGUUUGUGUGAUUUUGAGCAUUAGGGAAAUUAAGAGAUGCGUGCAUGUUGCCCUGUUGUUUUGAUUUUCUCUUGAUAAAGUGUUUAUUCGGUUUAUGAUCGUGUUGAAAAAAACAAAAGCUAGAUAGGAUUUUACCAGUUUCACUAUGGGAGCUCUUGCAUCUAUCUUGGACCUCUUUGGUCAACAUACGCAGGGCUAGCUUUACAAAAUUCCACGGCCCUUGGGCAAUUUUUUUGUUUAUGGGCUUUGUAUAUGUUUAAUUAAAAAUUAUAGUUAACAUAAGUCUUUUUUAAAUGAGAAAUACCCUAAAAAUAGGAUAGCAAAAAAAAAUAUCUCACAAAAGAGCAUGAAAAUAAAAAUAACUAAAAUAAGUUUUAUUAAAAAGAUAAUUGACAAUUAUGUUCUACACUAGGAAUGUUUAAUCUAGAUUUCGGUACGGUUUCAGUUCGGUUUUACAAGAUUUAAUACCCCUAUCCUACUUUAUAAAUAUAUUUAAUUAAAUAAAUUUAAUUUAAAUAAUUAAAUAAAUAAAUAAAUAUAUUCGAGUCGCCGGGAACAGCUGAAUUUUAAGUGUUCAAAAAACUAAUUAAAUAAAUUAACUAGAAAAAAAUUCACAUUUUUUUAAAGAUCUGUUUUUUUUUUCUUAAAAAAAAGUGUAGGAAGAAUUUUUUGAAUAUGUCCUCAAUUUGAGUUUAGGAAGAUUUUCAUGAAUAAAUAUUAUAUAUUCCAAAAUUUAUGAAGAUAUUGAUAUAUAUAUGUAUAAUAUCUUCAUAGAUUUCGUAAAAUUUUUAUAAAUGUGAAUUUAAAAAUACAUUAACGUAUUAGGAAAACCUUCAUGUUUAUCCGAUUGGACCUAAUUACACAAAAUGUCACUCACAAAUAUAGACCAACAUAUUAGCAUUAGUACUCCUACACUUACCCAAAAAAAUUGGACGAGCUGCAUACAAAAAACCGAUUGGAGUUUUGGACUUAUAUAUAUAUGUUAUGUAAAAAUGUAUAACCUAUUUGUCUGAUAAAUUUUAAUAUUCUUAUGUAGACAUAUAUGUGUACAUACGACGACACUAACAAACAUAUAUUUUAGAAUGAUUAUAGUUAGUGUACAAGUAAAAAAAAAAAGUAUUAACGAUAAAGAGCUCCUCAUAUUUAUUUUCUUGGACGGCCUACAAGAGAACACAUAACUCAAGAUAAUGCAUUACAACACUGAAGUGGAAUUUUAUACAUAUUUAUAACAUUUGUUUUUUAUACUCUCAUCUUAACAUGUUACAUCAGUAUUCAAACAUUCAUACGUCAAGUAUACAAAUGUUGCGGUUAUGGUUGUUUUAGGGUUAUUCCGGUUAGGGAUGACGAUAUUAAAAUUCAAAGGGAAAAGUAAUGCAGUAAUCUUCCCUUGACUUUGUGUUUAAAUUGAACUAGAGCCCGUGUCCGCGCUUCGCACGGAUUACAUGUUUAAUUAAAGAACAGUUUAAUUAAAAUUGGAAGUUUUAAAGUUUCUGAAAGUGUAAGUUAAGUUUUGUUUCUUUUAUAAUGCGAAGACGUUGGAAGCGGUGAUCACUUUUUUUUAUAAACUAAAGUAAGUUUGAAUAAUAAAUUAUGUUGAUGAAUUUAAUAUUCGUAAGA